UAACUUGAUGACCGGUUUGGCUUAGAUCGUAGAUGGUAGAAUCAUAAAAUACUGGAUUCAUGUUUGCGAAAGAGACUUUCGAGGUACUCUCUGUAUUUAAACAUUAAUAUUUUGAACGCAACUAGUUUCUGAACGUAAAUAAAUUGACAGCUUGUUGUCAUUUCUGAUAUUUUCUUUCAUUUUCAUUUAAUUCUGAAAGUUCAGAUUUGUUCUGUCAAGCAAUAGGGCGAGGGGAUGAUUAAAAUCCAUGUCGAAUUCAUGAACAUUACACAAAACAUUGUUUAUUUAUUAUGAACGACGAGGUAUUUAAGGCAUUGUAUAUUGUUAUUAGAAACAUUUGAAUACUCGACUUAAAAACACUGUAUGGGACUGGUUCGAAGAAAAAUGCCGGAACACUUAGAGCUGCAACACCUCGUAGAUCUCUCGGCAGGAAGUGGCGAUGAAAGCAUACCGAAUCUGCUGGAAAACAAGCGCCCGCUUAUUAAACGGUGCCCUUUCUUCGGGUUGAUACUAGCUACACUCUCAUCCUUAUUCUUCUCGCUAUGCUCUGUGAUUGUAAAGAGUCUUGUGAAUGUGGACCCUAUACAAUUGGCUAUGUGCAGGUUCAUAGGAAUACUCUUACCUACAAUUCCUAUAGUAAUCUACACAAAUCAACCUAUAUUUCCGAAAGGUAAGAGGCUCAUGCUCGCUUUACGGUCACUGAUGGGUACAAUUGGUUUAUUGUCCAGUUUUUAUGCCUUUCGGCACAUGCCAUUGGCUGAUGCUUCAGUUAUUGUAUUUUCAGUGCCGGUCUUUGUCUCAAUAUUUGCAUGUGUACUGUUAAAAGAGCCAUGCGGCAUUUGGAACAUAGUGUCCAUUGUAUUAACUCUAUUGGGGGUUAUUUUGAUUACUAAUCCCCCGUUUCUAUUUGGAGGGGAUGAGGAGGUUCAUCAGAAUUACCAUUAUAAUACAGUAAAGGGUGCUCUGGCAGCCUUCGGCUCUACAAUUUUUGGCGCCAAUGCUUAUGUGUUGCUGAGAAUAUUGAAAGGUCUCCAUUUCUCAGUAAUAAUGACCAAUUUUGGAAUGUAUGCUAUUUUACAAACUUUGUUUUACUCUAUUAUUGCUGGUGUAUUGUGCAUGCCAAACUGUGGUACAGAACGGUUCCUGGUUGUUUGCCUUGCAUUGUUUAGUUAUUUGGGACAGAUACUGCUUACAAUGGCAUUACAAAUGGAGCAAGCAGGACCUGUGGCUAUAGCCCGUUCUGCAGACAUAGUUUUUGCAUUUCUUUGGCAAAUCAUGUUUUUCAAUGAGAUGCCGAGUAAAGCAUCUGUGAUGGGUGCUGUUUUAGUACUCAGUUCUGUCAUCCUGGUAGGCUUACGAAAAUGGGCAAUGGCUUUACCUGCUGACUCUGAAAUGAGAAGUAAAUUAGGUAUUCUAGCAAAAUAAUUAUAUAUUUUUGAGUCUUGAAUCCAUGACAUAAAUUAAUAUAUUAUGUGUAUGUGACUAUAAUGUAUCAAAUCUUGUGAAUGCUCAUGUAUCACUUUGUCCUUUUAAAAAUGUUUUUACUGUAUUGUUUGAAAUGUUAUUCUGAACUUUUUGCUUCUAAUUAUAAGAUAGAUCAUUAUAUUUUGCCAUUAAGUAGUACGUUAAAUAAUACAAUGCAAACUAUUGCCUCAUUAUUUUAUGAACAUUCACUUGCUUGCCUGUGUGGCACAAAUAUGCCUGUACUUUAACCCUAUAUUUGGCAAUAUAUAUUCUUAUUAUUAUUAUGCAUACUGUUUAAUCAUAUUUUUACUACUUAAUUCUUAUUCUAUGCCACAAAAUGCAAAAGAGCAUAGAGUUAAAGGUGACAUAUUUUUCCAAUGUGUUGCUAAAGUUACUCUUAUACACAGCGGAAUUAAUUACAUUACAGAUGUUGUGUAUCCAAACUCAAACAAUAAAGAUAAUCUUUUGCCAAUCAUAGGAUUAAAUUGAAGAUAAUAUUCAUUAUUUUCAUUAGGCUAUAUCAAUCCUUAGCUUAUAGGCGGGUCCACACAGAGCGAGCAUACGCGCGAGGCAAUUUCCUCGCGCUCAGUACGGCCAAUGUUUUCCUCGGCCGAGGAGCGCGAGAGGCACGUCUACACUGGCCGUUUUGUGCGGGAGCAAGUUGCCUCGCGCGUAUGCUCGCUCUGUGUGGACCCGCCUAUAAGCUAAGGAUUGAUAUGAUAUUCGUAAAAUAAAACCUUUCACCCUAAAAGACUGUUAAUUAAGUCCAUCGUAACUUGAGUUGUGUGUUGCCUCUACUAGUCACUUGUUCCUUGUAUUUUUAAUUUUAAACUUUAGAACCACUAGCACUUGUGAGUAAGUACCUAUUGAUAUUUCUUGUUUUGUCGAGUUUGACUGCUAGUUUGAUUCGUCGAGUUUGACUGCUUGUUACUUUCAGUGUUCGUUCAGUGUUCGACUUUAUAUAUUAGGGUGUCCUGUAAAUAAUGGACAGAUGUGCAAAUUCAGAAAAGUUUCAAAACAAUGGGAAAAGUUUUCGGAUAUUAAAGAAAAGUUUCACAGGCAACAGAAGAAACUUUCAUAUGGAAAUUGAAAGUGUCGAUUCCCAAUAUUUCCAUACAAACAUAUCAGAAGUUCCCGAACUUUAUCCACAUAAGUAUCGAAAUUUGGCAAUUAUGGAAUCUGUCCGACGGCAUAUAAUGGGCCAUUGUAAUGGACCAUGGGAUGGUUAGAACGUUGAGAUACAUAUGUAAAACUAGCACUAGGUAUUCUGAAUGAACUGAAAGCUGAUAUAACAUAACAAUAUUAUCUUUGUACAUAACAUACAAAAUAUAGUGCAUUAUUAAAUUUAAGUUUUUUUUUUUAAUAUAUCGCUCAUUCUAGUGUUAGAUAUUUAUAUCAUAAAUUAUGUUAAAUCUAUUAGAAUUUAAUUGCAAUUUGCAAAUAUUUCUAUCGUGCUGCCGUUAUCACUAGUAUUUAGAUCAUAUCACGCGUUGUUCAUAUCGUAUAGUAUAGUUCACUGUUAAUUAUCAUUCAUUCUGGGUAGUGCAUAGGUAGUCAAGGAAAGAUAGGCAGGUAUAGCAAAUCUAUGUAAAGAGAUCUAUCUGCCUACCAAUAUUUCGGCAGAUUUCUGAGGUAGUUUUAGGUAGGCUCAUCUUAUUUGUUAUUUAUUUUAUAGUUUCUUAGAUUUCUUCCCCUGUCACUAUCACUGCUAAUAACUGGGAUUUUCAAUUUUAAGUACCUAACUGCUUUAGCUGGAAAAACUUUGUUUUUAUUAGGUACUGAAAUAAUGAAAUACCUAUUUUAUUACGUGUUAACCCAUUCAUGGCCAAGACCCGUCGAGCGUACACAAUACUCCGGGCUACCAUACAAACGUUUUUAGCUAAAACGUAUGACUCAGCUUAUGGGUCUCUGGCCUGGCGCGCACGGUAAAUGAAUCGCCGCUUAUGAAGCCGGCCAGUUGAACAACAUUAUGCAACAUUUUUACUAACCAAGUUUUUUCUGUGUCUAACAAAAAUAAAUGUAGGAAUGAACAUUUUUAGUUUUUACAUAUUUAACUUGCUAUGUUUGUUGUUGUUUUAUGGGUCAAAUCUCGGAAGUUCAAUUUGACCCGUUUCCCUUGCCUUACCCUUCACACGGUGUAACGAAAAUUACUCACAUUUUUCGGUAAGAUUUGUUACUCAAUUAUUUCAUUUAAAGUAUUAAAUUGCCCGAGAUAUCAGACCCGAUUUCGGGCCCGCGAAAAAGUAUUUUUCCGUUUCACCAAAUAUCAGGGCUAUAAGUAUAACCGCGAAAAUCGAAGUUCGUCAAUUGCGGGCAUUUUUCUCUGUCACUCUUAUUACGUUUUAGUGGUUUUCGCGGUAGGGCCCCUGCACAUCGCUUAGGGUCUGUUCGGAAAGAGAAGAGUCGUGGAAUGUAUUGAGCCCCAUACAUUCCACGACUCUUCUCUUUCCGCACAGACUCUACCAUAUUUGAAAAGUAAAAAAAGGUUCAUAUGCAAAAUAUAUCAAACAUUUAACAUUUUUGGCAAUUAGAAACAAACUAUUUUUAGGUACAUUUCAAAUACUGUUGACGAUUUGCUGAUAUUUCGUGAAACGAAAAUUAUCAAGCCCAAAAUCGGGACUGAUUUCGACCCGAAAUCGGGAAGUGUGGAAGUAAUUGGCGCUUAAAGCCGUAAUUACCUACGUAAAUAUUUUUUAUCGGAUCUAAAUUUGAUCUUCAGAUACUUUACACAUGAUCUGCCUGAUCACAAUGAUUGAGAAUAGUGUAUGUACAAUCUCAAGAUUAUUUUGCGUGGAUAUAUUUAUAUGUUUCAGUAAACGAUUGUGAUAUUUUCCCCUGUACAUCAUAAUUAUUAGACAAAUUAUACUGCUUACCC